AUCCAGUAGCCUCUGCUAUGGUUUCGGGUCUCCCGAGCUCUCUCUCUCCAUUUAUGCGGUGCCGUGUAUUGGUAUAUUCCCUGGUUCGAUCCUCUCCAUUUAAAACGCCAAUUGAAACUAUCCUCGUACGGAUUACAUACAUAGACGACGAGAGAAAGGGAGGGUGAGAGAGAGAGACUCACACAAGCGACAGUUUCUCUAAACAACGCGAAUCCAAGUGAUAUGCUUGCAGUGUUGAUUUGGGAUUCCUCUAUUGCUCAUUACCUGUGAUGGGGAGUUUGUGAAUGGCUUCUUCAACUGGCUUGUGUCCACGAUGAGGAUGGUAAUGAUGAUGUGGCAUAGGGGGUUAAAAAUCUUGUAAUCUGCUUCUAAAUGGCCUUCUUUUUGUUGCCCGGACAGCUAGAAAGCCUGCUGAAUCAGAGUACAGCAACUAACUCUUUUCAAGUACCAGUACACCAUAUCUUCUGAUUGCCUUUUUCAUUAGAUUUUAUAGAAUCUGACAUUACCUGGUGAAAGCACAACUUUGGUUGUCUGGAGUCAUGAGUAAUUGGUGAUAGCAUGUGUAUGAGUGCGUGUUUACAAGAGAGAUAAAAAUGUUUGCGGAGGAAGUAGUUUCACCUCAAGGCCAAAAACAUAGUUCACAAACAGCUGCUCGGAGAUCUUCACAAGGUGGCGCACAAAAAGAUCUAUGGUUUGUUGUUCGAGAGGGUUCUGUGGCUGAUGUGGAUUCAGCUUUGGCAUUACUGAAGAAGAAUGGGGGGAAUAUCAAUUCCAGAAACAUGUUUGGUCUCACUCCUCUUCAGAUUGCAACAUGGAGAAAUCAUAUUCCGAUUGUUAAGAGACUACUUGCAGCUGGUGCAGACCCUAAUGCAAGGGAUGGGGAAUCGGGAUGGAGUAGCCUUCACCGUGCUCUGCAUUUUGGUCAUCUUGCAGUGGCAAGUAUCCUCCUGCACGCUGGUGCUUCAACUACAUUGGAGGACUCUAAAUUCCGAAUACCUGUUGAUCUCCUCUCAGGGCCUGUCUUGCAGGCUGUGGGCAAAGGCGAUAAUUCAGUAGCUACCGAGGUGUUUAGUUGGGGAAGUGGUGUGAACUAUCAACUUGGAACUGGAAAUGCACAUAUUCAGAAGUUACCUUGUCGAGUGGAUUCACUCCAAGGUUCAUUCAUCAAAUUAAUUUCUGCAGCAAAGUUCCAUAGUGUAGCUGUUAGCGCUUGUGGAGAAGUCUACACAUGGGGUUUUGGACGGGGUGGACGCCUUGGGCACCCUGACUUUGAUAUCCAUAGUGGUCAAGCUGCAGUUAUCACUCCUCGAUUGGUGACUUCUGGUUUAGGGGCUCGCCAAGUUAAGGCUAUUGCAGCAGCCAAACAUCACACUGUUGUUGCAACAGAGGGUGGUGAAGUAUUCACUUGGGGUUCUAAUAGAGAGGGUCAACUAGGCUAUACUUCUGUGGAUACACAACCCACACCUCGGAGAGUGAAUUCACUGAGGUCGAAAAUAGUUUCAGUUGCUGCAGCAAACAAACAUACUGCUGUAGUGUCAGAGUCUGGUGAGGUUUUCACAUGGGGAUGUAACAAAGAGGGUCAGCUUGGUUAUGGCACCUCAAACUCUGCUUCAAAUUAUACUCCAAGAGUGGUUGAGUACUUGAAAGGCAAGGUUUUUGUUGGAGUAGCAGCAGCAAAAUAUCACACGAUUGUCUUAGGAGCUGAUGGAGAGGUUUUUACUUGGGGUCACAAGCUUGUUACCCCAAGGCGCGUAAUCAUUUCCAGAAACUUGAAAAAAUAUGGAAGCAAUCUGUUGAAGUUUCAUCGCAAGGAACGGCUUCAUGUGGUUUCUGUAGCUGCAGGGAUGGUACAUAGCUUGGCUCUAACAGAUGAUGGUGCUUUGUUUUAUUGGAUGUCCUCCAAUCCUGAUCUACGAUGCCAACAGCUACAUUCACUGUGUGGCAGAACAAUAGUGAGUGUUUCUGCUGGGAAAUACUGGACUGCCGCUGUUACAGCUACAGGUGAUGUUUACACUUGGGAUGGGAAGAAAGUAAAGGAGGACCCACCUGUUGCUACUCGUUUGCAUGGUGUAAAGAGGGCUACUUCUAUAUCCGUGGGAGAGACUCAUCUUUUAAUUAUUGGUUCCCUCUAUCAUCCUGUCUACCCUAGUAAUGUCAAAAAUCCUCAGAAGGUCAAGGGUGAAGUGGAUGAGUUAGAUGAAGAUUUUAUGUUCAAUGAUACGGAGUCUGAUAAAAUCUUAUUCACCACAGAAAAAGAUGAUACAGUAAACAGGCCCAUACCAAGCUUAAAAAGCCUCUGUGAGAAAGUGGCAGCAGAGUCUUUGGUGGAGCCAAGGAAUGCCAUACAGGUUCUUGAAAUUGCAGAAUCACUUGGAGCCGAUGAUCUGAGGAAGCACUGUGAGGACAUCGCCAUUCGGAACAUUGACUAUAUUCUUACACUCUCACCUUAUGCCAUUGCUGGUGCUUCACUUGAUAUUUUAGCAAAUCUUGAGAAAUCAUUGGAUACUAGGUCAUCUGAAUCCUGGAGUUAUCGUCAGCUUCCAACUCCAACGGCUACUUUUCCUGUUAUUAUUAAUAGUGAGGAAGAGGAUAGUGAUAGCGAAUUACUUCGGACUCGUGACAACCACAUAACAAAUAUAACUUCAGAGAAAAUAGACCAUAGGUUAGAUUGCUUUCUACAAGGCAAUGAUGCUAAUCAAGUCAUUAACAAACAAAUCCGGGCAUUGAAGAAAAAACUGCAGCAGAUUGAGAUGCUUGAACAAAAGCAUUCAAAGGGACACAUUCUUGAUGACCAGCAGGUUGCAAAGCUCCGGUCAAAAGCAGUUCUGGAGAAUUCCCUUGCUGAGUUUGGUGUUCCAGUUGAGGCACAGCAGGCUAAAGUAUCUGCUUCAGUAUUGGUAGAUGGAAAAGGAAGUAAAAAGACAGAGGUAGCAAAAAAACUGAGGAGAAAAAGUAAGCAAACGACAGCACAAGCAGUGACUGAGUCUGAUAAUUCAGGUGUGAAUAUUGAACCAGAUCCCAUAAAAGGUUUCUUGGAUGUUGAAAUAUCCCAAGUCAAGCAUAAGGAAGAAGAGGCAGAAUUUGAAGUAGUUUCCAAACAAGCAUCUGAAGCGGGUAUGUUAUGCAUUAAAAAAGGAGUUGAUGACAUCCCAAGGAAUAAUGCAUUGAUGACAGCAUCCAAGAAGAAGAAGAAGAAAGGUGGCCUUUCCAUGUUCCUGAGUGGUGCUCUUGAUGACAUUCCCAAAAAGGAUGCUGCACCACCACCAAUGCCCAAGUGUGAGGGGCCUGCUUGGGGUGGUGCUAGAAUUGCGAAGGGAUACAGCUCUAUCCGUGAGAUCCAAGAUGAGCAGAGCAAAACAAAGGAGACCCAACCCACCAGGAGCAAAGACCAGGUGGAAGAUCUUUCUGAUUGUAAAAGUGGUGGGAAGAUUCGUUUGAGUUCAUUUUUGCCUUCCAACCCAAUACCUGUUAUCUCAGCUCCUGUUAUCUCAGCUCGGACAGCACAGGCAUCUGAUGGAGAGAGAAGUACUCCCCCUUGGACUGCUUCAGGGACUCCACCUCUUUCUCGUCCCUCACUCAGGGACAUCCAAAUGCAACAGCAGGGAAAACAACACCACAGUCUCUCCCACAGUCCAAAGGCAAGGACAACUGGAUUUUCUGUUGCUACUGGUCAAGGUUCCCCAUCUGAUUCAGCUGGUUUGAAUCGCUGGUUCAAACCGGAGAUCGAGGUACCCUCAUCCAUCCGCUCUAUUCAGAUUGAGGAAAGGGCCAUGAAAGAUCUUAAGCGUUUCUAUAGCACUGUGAAGAUUGUUAAAAACCAGUCAUAGAAAUGUAAUCCGACAUCAUAUGACUGGUAUUAGUUGGGUCCGUUGUGUUUCGGGUCAUUUUCCCCCUUCUUUUUUUUUUUUUUUUCCCUCUCUCCGUUAGUGUUUCUGUAAAUUGGUUGUACAGCUUUAUUGUACAUUAUGCUCCUUAGGAUUUACAAGCUAGUAGAUUCAUCUUCUUUGCCUUUUUUCGUGGAAGUUAAUUACAUGUUUAUCUUCAACCAGGAUUCAUGGAAUUAAAGGGUCUGUUUUUCUUUCUUU